AUGCAUUCGCUUCGCGUGGUCUCUGUUCUGUUGGUAAGCCUUGGCGGCCUUGGGGUGGCUGCCAAGUCACUCAGCUUGGAAGGCAUUCCCAGUUGCGCUAUCACUUGCAUGGUUAAAGCCCUUCCCUCGACAACCUGCUCACCCACGGAUCAAGCGUGCCUCUGCGUCGAUUCCAAGUUCAACGCCGCGGUGCAGCCCUGUAUUCAAUCAACAUGCACGAUACAAGAGAGCCUGGUCGUUACCAAUGCAACAUGGUCGAAUUGUGGCUUCCCGUACAGUGACCAAACUUCCAACAUUCAUUUGAUCAGUGGAGUCGUUACUGCCAUCGGCAUCAUCUUCAUCAUGAUGAGGAUGGCUACCAAAAUUGCAAAGCUCUCUGCCUGGGGCGCAGAUGACACUGUGAUUAUCGUUGCUUUUGCGUUGUUCAUUGGUUUCUUUGUGGAAUUGUUCUAUUUCGUGAAGGCAGGACUUGGCAAAGACAUUUGGACUUUACAUGACUACGAGAUUACCUAUUUUCUCAAGCUCCUCUUUGUUCUCGAGUUCUUCUACAUCAUCGGCCUAGGCGUCGUUAAAGCGUCCAUCCUCUUCUUCUUCUUGAAGAUCUUCCCCAACCGAGGUUUCCGCCGCAUCUUGUGGCUCAUGCAGAUCCUCAACAUGCUCGUGGUGCUAUCCUACGUGGUUCUAUGCUUCGCGCAAUGCCAGCCGUUCUCGCAUUUCUGGAAUGGAUGGGAUGGUACGCACGAAGGCCACUGCGUCGACUUAAACAGGAUCGGAUUGAGCCACGUCUCACUCAACAUCACUCUCGAUAUCAUCCUGCUUAUUUUGCCGAUCACUCAGAUCUACAAGCUUCAGCUUAACAGGAAGAAGAAGAUUGGUGUCAUGGCUAUGUUCUUGGUCGGUGUCUUCCUCACUAUCGUCAGCAUCCUGCGUAUCAAGACACUCAUCGCAUUCGCAACCUCGCUCAACACUACCGCUGACUCAGUGGCUGUCGUUCUCUGGGCCUACGUAGAGCUUGGGGUUGGCAUUGUGGUCGCGUGUAUGCCCAACGUUUGGCAACUGCUAAAGACUUUGCCGUCUAAGGUGAUUCAGUUGUCGACGACGCUUGCUUCCAACAUGAGUCACUCAGGCACUCGCACUCGGCCCAGUUCUCAAAUCUUCCUCGACAAGCGGAGUCCGACCAAGCAGUCGUUCACAGAGAGCUCAUCGAUUCAGGUUGCUUCGGCAUCGUCACCAUCAGUCUCAAUUCAUUGA